AUGGACCUUUACAACUCAGCACUUGGAAAAAAUAUAACUUUUAUUCGUCCUGCUUAUUUCAUAAUAAGGGGGUUUAUUGGUGUACCUCAUGUAAAGUUUUACUAUGUAUUUCUAUUUUUUGUCUACAUUGUUUCAGUGCUUGGAAACACAGCUGUUAUGGCUGUUAUAUAUCUGGAUCAUAAUCUAAGAACUCCUAAGUAUGUUGCUGUUUUCAACCUGGCCUUGGUGGACCUGUUAGAGAGCACUGCUCUGGUGCCAAAAGUGCUUGACAUAUUUUUGUUUAAUAACUACAAUGUUUCAUACAAUGACUGUAUGACUUAUCUUUUUUUCUGCUUUACUUUUCUGUCAUUGCAGGCUCUUAACCUGGUUGCUCUCUCUUAUGAUCGUUUGGUGGCUAUCAUGUUUCCUCUGCAUUAUCAAACAAAGAUAACUAAUAGGGGGAUGUUUUCCUUGAUUGGCUUUUUCUGGAUCUUUGCCAUAAUUGCUAUUUUAAUUGCAGUUGGUCUUCUUACAAGACUUUCCUUCUGUAAGUCUGUGGUUAUCAAUAGCUAUUUCUGUGACCAUGGCCAGAUAUACAAACUUGCAUGUAAUGAUUAUUUUCCUAAUGCAGUCAUUGGUCGUUUGUUUCCAUUUCUUAUUCUCUGGAUUCCUUUAGCAGUCAUCUUGUCCAGUUAUAUGUGCAUUGGCUAUACUUUAGCUAAAGUAGCCACAGCUCAAGAAAGAAUAAAGGCCUUUAAAACAUGCACAGCUCAUCUUUCAUUAGUGGCAAUCUAUUUUGUCCCAAUAUUAAUCACAUUCACUAUGAGUGCAAACAUAGAACUAAAUGCCAGGAUCAUAAACCUGUCUUUGACCUCAGUAUUUCCACCCAUGUUGAAUCCAAUUAUUUAUGUUUUACAGACACAAGAAAUCAAACUUUCCUUGAAAAAAAUAUUAAAAAUAAAUAAUCGUUCAAAAAAUAUGUUUAGGUAA